GGUUUGCCAUAGCAUCAUGGGUAACAAUGGCAGUGUUGUGGUACAGAAGCGGCUGGCUCGGUUUCGUCCAGAGGAGCGGUCCAUGGUCGAUGGGUUGUUUGACAAGCUUCAAGGCGAUGCUGGGGCCUCGGGAAAAGCAGGGAAGACUCUGACCCUUGAGAUGCUUCAGUCCACCAUGGGAAGUUUGGCGCCGGACUCCAUGGUGAAGAGGAUCUAUCAGUGCAUGUGCAGCCUCGACCCGGGUCAGGAAGCACCUUCAGACUCGCAGAAAACCACCCAGCCUGCUGCUGCCUCUGGAGUCCUUCGGGAACAACUGAUCGUCUUUCUCGCUGACACCCUGCGAGGUACUGCAGAAGAACGAGCCCCCCUCGUUUUGACUAUGUCCCACAAUGCCGCAGGGGUACCCAAAGAGGUCACUUGUGAGCAGGUGGUGGAGUUCCUGCAAGACCUGAUUUCUGCUGUAGUUCAGAUUUUGACCUGCAGGGGUCGUCUGCAGGGCUGGCAUCCAGAUAAAAUGGGAGAUACCUCCUUGGGUGUUAAACUCUUGGCAGAACAGAUGUGUUCUGAGCUCAAACCCUCAGAUCAGGGAACUUGUGAUGUUUCUUGUCUGGAGGACUGGAUCUUCAGAGUCUCCCAGGUGUCGACGUAUUUGGAGAUGCUGGUAGCUGAAGGUUUAAAUGUGUCUCUGAACUCCUGGGUAGCUCCAACUCUGCUGCCUCCCUGCAAGGAGGUGUCCUGGAAAGACCUGAUUUGUCUGCUGGACCUCCCCACGCUCAUGUUUCUGGCUCCACAGUUACCAGGCAGCUACAGCGCCCCCUGGAGGCUGGUGUUUUCCACACACCUGCACGGGGAGAGCUUCACCAGGAUGAUGACUGGCCUGAUGCAUCAUGGGCCUACCCUGCUGCUCAUCAAAGACACUAAGGGCCACGUCUUUGGGGGCUUUGCGUCACAGACCUGGGAGAUGAAACCUCAGUUCCAGGGUGACUCCAGAUGCUUCCUGUUCUCUGUGUUCCCCACUCUGAGAGUUUAUACAGCAACAGGAUACAACGACCACUUCAUGUACCUCAACCAGCACCAACAGACAAUGCCCAACGGACUGGGGAUGGGAGGUCAGCACGACUACUUCGGCUUGUGGCUGGACAGUGAUUUUGGUCAGGGUCACAGCCGUGCACAGCCCAAGUGCACCACCUUCGGCAGCCCUCAGCUUUCUGGAGACCAAGAAUUCACUCUGGACUCGAUGGAAGUGUGGGCUGUGGGACAACCAAAACAGCCAGAGGAGGGGGAAGAAGAGGAGGGGAAGAAAAGCAUCCUGAACGUGGAUCCAGAGGUUCAGGCCAUGAUGGAGCUGACAGGAAAGACUCUGCACAGCGAGGGGUUCAGGGAGCUGGAGGAAGACCUGGACUAAUGAUCAGGAGCAGGUUUACCGAGGCUCCAAUCCUGCCUGGUACCAACCCUUUGAGGCACGAAUGAUAUCAUGUUUGAUCUUUUUAAAUUCACAAAUCAUUGAUUAUUAUUAUAAUACUAAAAUCAACCAACUUUAAUUUAACACCAGUUCAUAAUCAACCAGCCUUACAACCUUUAAUGGCUGUAAAUAAAGCUUCAAAGUGGCUGUAAAGUUCAAGUCGACACCAGCAGAGCAGCUUUAGGCUGGUUAGUACCGUCCGU